AUGAGGUACGGCUUGGUGGUUCUUUCUGCCGGCUUUUCAGGUUUGCUCAGUUUUUGCCUCCUGGCCGUGUCAAUCGGAACCGAUUAUUGGUACAUUAUCGAUGUGAAUAAACCCAAUUAUGACUCAGAGGAGCUGAGUUCCUACUCUGGAUUGUGGCGAAUCAAUGAAGGACCGAACAGGACUUCCAUCAUCUCUUCUUUCAGCGCAAACACGUCCGCCUUGUCUGAGGUGGAGCGCCACCUUCUCGGCCUACACAAAGCGGUGGUGAUCGUAUUGCCUCUGGGCUUGGUGCUGCUUGUGUUCGGUUGGAUUUUCGGGGUGGUCAGCUCCAUGGCCGUCAGCCCCAAGCUACUGUGCGGAACCGCUUUCUACUUUCUCAUCUGCAGUCUUUUCACCCUGACCGGAGUAACCCUCUACAUUCAAUACUCCAAUAAGGCUAUGGAUGAAUUCAAGCGGGUGGUGGCCCCGGAGGAGUUGGCCUACGUGAACGUGUCGUUCGGCUGGUCCUUCGCCCUGGCGUGGGUCUCCUUCGCUCUGGAGCUGGCGGCCGGCCUGCUCCUCUUGCUGGCCGCCAAAAUCACCCAGAUGAAAGGUCGCUACGACUGCGGCGUCGCCGUUACUUUGUGA